AUGGCCUCCAAGACCUUCGUCAGAACCCUGCGCACUGCGUCCAAGCAGAAGAUCACCACUCCUGCCUCUGUGCAAACGAGAUCCUUUGUGUCCGCUGUUGCAGUCAGACCUGUCAUCGCAGCAACUUCUCGCACUGCCUUCACAGCUCCCUCGGUGCAGCAACAAAACCGAGGUCUCAAAACCAUUGACUUUGCUGGCACAAAGGAGCAAGUUUAUGAGCGAGAGGACUGGCCUCGUGAGAAGCUUCUGGAGUACUUCAAGAAUGACACCCUCGCACUGAUCGGCUAUGGCUCCCAGGGCCACGGUCAAGGCCUGAACCUGCGUGACAACGGCCUCAACGUCAUCAUUGGUGUCCGAAAGAAUGGUGCCUCGUGGAAAGAAGCUAUACAGGAUGGCUGGGUUCCCGGCAAGAAUCUGUUUGAGGUCGAUGAGGCCAUCGGCAAAGGUACCAUUGUCAUGAACUUGCUCAGCGAUGCUGCUCAGAGCGAGACCUGGCCCGCCAUCAAGCCCCAGCUGACCAAGGGAAAGACUCUAUACUUUUCCCACGGGUUCUCUCCCGUCUUCAAGGACCUCACCAAGGUCGAUGUCCCCACUGAUAUCGAUGUCAUCCUAGUAGCACCCAAGGGCUCUGGCCGAACUGUCCGAAGUCUCUUCCGCGAGGGCCGUGGCAUCAACUCGUCUGUUGCUGUCUUCCAAGAUGUGACCGGCAAGGCCGAAGAGAAGGCUGUUGCACUCGGCGUUGCUGUCGGCAGUGGAUACCUCUACAAGACUACAUUCGAGAAGGAGGUCUACUCGGAUCUGUACGGGGAGCGAGGUUGCUUGAUGGGUGGUAUUCACGGCAUGUUCCUCGCUCAGUACGAGGUUCUCCGAGAGCGCGGCCACUCUCCAUCUGAGGCAUUCAAUGAGACUGUCGAGGAGGCUACUCAAUCACUGUACCCAUUGAUUGGUGCCAACGGUAUGGACUGGAUGUACGCUGCAUGCUCCACCACCGCUCGUCGUGGUGCCAUCGACUGGUCCGGCAGAUUCAAGGAUACCCUCAAGCCCGUUUUCAACGACCUCUACGACAGCGUCAAGGCUGGCAAGGAAACCAAACGCAGCUUGGAGUACAACAGCCAGCCCGACUACAGAGAGAAGUAUGAGAAGGAAUUGGAGGAGAUCAGAAACCUGGAGAUCUGGCGUGCCGGCAAGGCUGUCCGGUAA